AUGAGUUCCCCACGCCGCCGUAUCGAGACAGAUGUCAUGAAGAUGCUCAUGAGCGACUACGAGGUCACUUUGGUGAACGAUAAUAAGGCGAUGCAGGAGUUCUAUGUCAGGUUCAAAGGGCCUGCCGAAACACCCUUCGAAGGCGGCGUUUGGAAAGUCCGCGUCGAGCUACCCGAUCAGUAUCCGUACAAGUCCCCCAGCAUUGGCUUCGUGAACCGAAUCUUCCAUCCCAACAUUGAUGAGCUAUCCGGAUCGGUUUGCCUAGACGUCAUCAACCAAACAUGGUCGCCAAUGUUCGACAUGAUCAACAUUUUCGAAGUCUUCCUGCCUCAGCUUCUACGUUACCCCAACCCUACCGAUCCUCUCAACGGAGAGGCUGCUGCGCUGUUGCUCAGAGAGCCUAAGAGCUACGAGAACAAGGUGAAGGAAUACGUCCAGAAGUACGCGAGUAAAGACGCAGCAGACGAAGCGGAUGCAGAAAGUGAAGACGACGGUGAACUAUCAUCCGUGGCGAGUUUCGACGAGGAAGACGACGAGGAGGCCGCCGGUAAGAUGGACGACGUCUAG